AUGGACGAAGCAAUGAGACGUGCGUUUACACAAGCGCUUCAUUACAACAUGACCAGAUCGCAAGGCGCACAUAACCAAGUGCAGCCAGGAACAGAACCAUCGCAACCUUCGCAGCCUUCAGGACAACCAGAGAAUCGCUCCUUCCUUCCCAACCAGCACGCAUCAAGCACGCAAAAUCAUAUGCAGGCAGGAGCAGAAGCAUCACAACCUUCAGGACCAGAUCGCACCUUCCAUUCCAACCAGAAUGCAUCAAGCACCCGCAUAUUCUCGCCGCAAGCAUCAUCAACUAACUCGUCGGUCGGCAGUUCGCCCUCGGCACCUUCUCAAGUUCAGAGUCCCGUGCAGUCAUAUGGUAGAAUCCAGCCUCCUCCUCGAAGCACACUACAGACUCCGCUACCCAACAAGCCAACAACCCCGAGUGUUCUUCAGUCCGCGCCACGUCUUGUCUCUCAAGGCUCGACCCCAUCCCAUGGCACAACACAGCCAUCGGUCGAAGGCACACCACAAACUCCGCAGUCCAACAACUCGACACCUUCGCGUCCGACUCAAACGAUACAACAGCCAUCUCCUCCGCGCAUUUGGUGUCCCGAAAUUAAAACUGCCACAUACGUCUCUCUUCCAAUUCAAGCGCAACCCGAAGAAGAGUCCAACCACCCCAAUCAAGAGACACUGAUCGGCAAGACGCAAGAGCGCUCUCUAGCACACAUUCAUCCACAUGAGUUCAUCGACCACCUCACCAGGGAUCACAAUGCAUGUUUCAAGCCCGAAGUGGCUAGAGUUUUCGACAUGCUCUACAUGCAAGCCCUGCUUUUCCACAAGGAUUUUGUGCUUCUUGUCAGCCCUUCAGAAUUGCAGCCUCCAUGCUGGGAGCCACCGCAGAGUAUUUGGCAUACGCGGGACCUGUACAGACCAGAGGCUACUACCAACACCCAGGUUGAACGACACAUCUACAAGGCUCUGAAUCUCGUCUCGGAUAUCCUGCCCGACGAGGUCAGGCGCUCUGUUCAUCACGAACGCCAUGAUUGUGCAGUCGAUCUUGUCAAGACCAACGGCGAACUUUCUUAUGGAUGGUCGGUCACUGUCUCCUUCGACUUCAAAGAUCCAAUAUUCGCGCACAAGUUCAGACGCAUCAGCCCGGAUAGAAGGGUUCAGUGGUUCACUGAGAACGAGGUCAAGAGGCAUCUUGAUAUGAUUCCCGUGUGGAAGGCAAAGGUGCUCGAUAUCUUCGAGUUGAGAAGGGAUGCAAAGAACUCAUAG